AUGAAUACAAACAAAGGAACCAAGCACUUCGACAACAUGAUCUACAACAAAAAUGACUCAUCAGUCUCUUCCUUCAUCAGCCACCUCACCGCGGCUUUCGUAAGCAAAGGAGUCAAGCUGGUUUUAGGGUUCGAACUUCUUCUAGUGAUUAUCACUAUGGACUACGCAUCUUCUGUGCCAUGCCUAGAGAACCUUGUCGAGCACCGUGACAAGAACUAUGAGUUGGUUCCGGUGUUCUAUGGCAUAAGCAGAUCGACCGUGAAGCAACAAUCGGGGACGUUAAGUGAUGCAUUCAAAAAGCUCGAAGGUUCUUAUUCUGCAGAUCAGGUGAAUAAGUGGCGAUGUGCCCUAGCGGAAAUAGCCGAAAUAAAAGGCCAUGAGUAUGACGCGAAAUUAAGUGAAGAAUCCAAAUUUGUGGAGGUGAUCGUGGAAGCUGUAUUUGAGAUACUCUAUCCUACGGAAGAGAUUGGGAUCCCCAAGCAGCAACUAUAUAUAGAAAACUUGCUAUGCAAGCAAGGAUGGGGCCUUCGAACCCUAGGCAUUUUAGGUGACCCUGGCAUUGGCAAGACAGUACUUGUUAAAGCGGUGUUUCGCCAAAUGGUUAGAGACUAUGAUGUUUCUCGCUUUGUGAACGAUUUCGACAAAGAACAUAGUGAGAACACACUUGAGCCUUUGCAUGAAGAAUUCUUUUCUACGACUCUAGUGGAAGAGUUUGACCUAAACAAUUCUGGUUCUAAGCAAUGCCAUCGCCAAAAAAGGGUUUUAAUUGUUCUAGAUGAUGCAAGAAAUGCUAAAUCCGCUAUGUCUUUUCUUGAGCGGAAUGAUCAGUUUGGUCCAGGGAGCUUGAUCAUCAUAACCUCAAGAGAUAGACAAGUUCUUGAAGAGUGCCGCCUCAGUGAAAUUUAUGAGCUUAACGGUCUAAAUGAUAAAGAUGCUAUGAAACUAUUCACAAGGUGUUUAUAUGGGAAAGAUGCAAUAGGUAAGAAUCUUCCAAUGAUUGAGAUUGAAGGUUUAAAAGGGAACCCGUUUGCUCUUCGCUCAUAUGCCGAGAAAGUUAAAAGCAAGAACACCGAUAAUAUGGAGGAGGUUUCGUCUAAUGAUGCUUUUGUUAAUACAAACAAGAACACAUCUAUGUGCAUCUACUCCAAUAUUACCACUGAAAUUUCAAGAGAUAUAGUUUUGAAGACUAUCUUGCAUGGCUCACAAAACAUUAUAUUUGAUGUGAAGAAUCACACAGAUUUCGAUCUUACUAACCAAGUCGCUGAGUCUGUAAGUGACCUAAGGAGUCCCUGUGUGGGUCGUCGUCCCUCUAAGAAGGUGCAAUCUUUGCCCCAACGUUUUCACAGAAGGCAACUUGUUCUACUCCAACAUUUUCACAGAAGGCAACUUGUUCUAUUCCGACGACUUGCUUGUCAAUUUUACAAACUUUGGCAAGGAUAUAAGAGAUUCUCGAGGUUGAGGAAAAUUAAUCUUGGGCACUGUGAGAAAAUAAUUCAAGUUGUGGAACUCUCAAACGCACCUUACCUUGAGGAAAUAGAUCUUCAAGACUGCAAAAACUUGGAGAACAUACCAGACACUGAUGAGCUUGAGAAUCUCCAUUCUCUUGAUCUCUCUGGUUGCACUGGGAUCAAAUAUUUUCAAGAAAAUGUAAGGACCAUUGGAGAAUUAAAACUUGAAGGCACUGGGAUAAGAGAAAUAAGAUCCAAAAAUUCAAAGUUCUCAAGAUUAGUAAAACAACGAAGUGAUACGUACAACUUUGGAAUUUACACAGAGACAGUUGGAAUUUUCAGGAUUUUGAACUAA